AUGCCUGGAGAUUUAGCAACCGAAAUACGGCCAUCACAGCCAUUAUUCCCUAGGCCAACAUCGGGCACAACAACAGUUGCCGCCGCACCCACUUUAUCGAUUAGUGAUUUUAUAACAUUUCGUCUAUUUCCAACACAAGCAACCGCCGCAACAUCUCUAAAUCAGGACGAAACGGACAACAAUACGCAUAACGAUUUCAUGCAAAUAGGCCAGCUGACGCCACGAUAUGCCAUGGACGAUAGAUUCCAUCGUGAAGAUGAACGCUUAAAGACGUUCGAAAAUUGGCCAUUGGAAUUUUUGGAUCGCAAUGAAUUGGCCCGUUCCGGUAUGUUCUAUAUGGGCGAAUCGGACAAGACAAAAUGCUACUUCUGUGAGGUGGAAAUUGGCCGCUGGGAACGUGAAGAUCAACCUGUACCUGAACAUCUGCGCUGGUCGCCCAAUUGUCCGCUUUUAAGGCGACGCACCACAAAUAAUGUGCCCAUUAAUGCUGAGCUCUUAGAGCGUACCCUACCCGCCCCUAGCUAUGACAUUUGUGGAGCAAAUGACAUUGAAAUCCGAAGAAAUGCAUUUGCCGAAGGCACAAUUCCAGCGCCCCUGAUGGCUGAUAUACCACCCGCCUCACCAAUGUUAAUGGCUGCAGGCGUCAGUAGUAGCGGUAGUGGAAUGACACCAGGGGGCACCUUUUUCCCCGAGGUGCCAGAAUAUGCCAUUGAAACGGCCCGUAUACGAUCCUUUGCCGAAUGGCCCAGAAACAUGAAACAGAGACCCGAACAAUUGGCAGAGGCUGGCUUCUUCUAUACCGGUGUGGGUGAUCGUGUCAAGUGUUUCAGCUGUGGUGGUGGCCUUAAGGAUUGGGAUGAUGAUGACGAACCCUGGGAACAGCAUGCCUUGUGGAUGAGCAAAUGUCGUUUUGUAAAGUUGAUGAAAGGUGACGCCUUCAUUGAGGCCGUGGCAAAUAAGUUGAUGAAAAAGCCAACAAGUAAUAACAGCACUCCAGCACCUUCAUCGGAAUCAUCGUCGGAGUCCUCUCUGUCCUCGUCCGAAGAAGAGGGGGAGCCAGCAGUACGUCCUGCCGACAAGGAAAUUCAACAAACAAAUUCCACUGCAACAAAAGUAGCAGCAUCUUCAAUCCCCCAACCUUGUUCCAACGAACAGCAGACACCUGCCGGCCAAACUGCGGCUUUUGUCACGUCGCCUCUGGAACAAAAGCGAUCCAGCACAUCAAUACCCGAGGAGAAGUUGUGCAAAAUAUGCUAUGCCAACGAAUACAAUACGGCGUUUUUACCCUGUGGCCAUGUUGUGGCCUGUGCCAAGUGCGCCUCUUCGGUGACAAAAUGUCCCAUGUGCCGCAAGCCCUUUGCCGAUGUAAUGCGAGUUUAUUUCUCUUAGAUCCAGAACAACA